AUGACGGGGAAUGACGAGGGCGGCGGCAGCAGCAGCAGCAGCAGCAGCGGUAGCGGUCGCGGUCCCGACAACAACAGGGUCUCGGUCAACAACUACAGCAACAAGACCAAGCCCGCCUACCCCCCCGCCUACGUCCCCCACGCGUCCUCCUGCGGGAAGCCCAAGGUCCGGGUCGAGUGGAAGAAGCUGAAAGAGUCGGAAAAGUUUGCGUACCUGGGGGCGGUCAAGUGCCUGAUGGACACGAAGCCGGUCGGCGUCUGGUCCAAGGCGACGAGCAUCUGGGACGAGAUGGCAUGGGCGCACAACGAGGCCAAAUGGAACAUCCACGAGACCGACAACUUCCUGCCCUGGCACCGCUACUACAUCUACAUGCUCGAGACGCUCCUCAGCAAGCACUGCUCCUACCGGGGGCCCAUCCCCUGGUGGCGCGAGACCGACGACACCGGCAACUUGGCCGGGGCCAAUCUGUUUUCGCCCAACUACUUCGGCUCGCUACCCCCCCGGACGGAAGACGGUAAGACCACAUGCAUUACCGACGGCUGGUUUGCCAACACCACGGUCCUUCUCGGGCCCGGCGCUCCGACUUGCCUCGCCCGGGGCGAGGAUAAGAGAAUCGCCGCCGAGGUGACGACGGCCGCCCUGGACCUGUGCCAAGGCGACAGAGACACCAAGUACGAGAGGCACCGUCGCUGCGUUGAGGCCACCAUCCAUUCCUCCACGCACCGGGCCGUCGGCGGCGCAAUGGAAAGCAUCAGCGCCUCCCCGAGCGACCCCGUCUUCUACCUCCACCACGGUUUCGUCGACUGGCAGUGGGCGCGCUGGCAGAACGUCGAAUCCAGCCGCAAGACCACAAUUUCCGGCUGCUCCGAGCCUUCCCCGGUCCCUGGCAAAUGUGUGGAGCUCACCCUAGACACGGUACUGAAGGGAUAUGGCUUGAUACCCGACAUGAAGGUCCGCGACGUUCUCGACAUCGAAAACGGAAUCCUGUGCUACACCUAUGACGAGUUUUGA